GCGAUUUUGUACGCGUUCCAAAAUGGAACGGAGGCGGUUCGUUCUUUACGUCACGAAAUAGGCGGUCCGCCAUGUUCGCGAGGACGAGAGGAAGCAAAGAGCCAAUGAGCGAAGUGGACGUCUGCGUCACGCUUUUGACGUCUGCUUAGGGACCGUAUAACAUAUUUAGAAGCGUUUCUAACAUGUUGAGAAAUAUUUGACUAUUAUGACUGAGUAGCAAAAUAUGUUGGUGUUAGUUUUCAAAGAUUCAGUUUGGAAUGCGGAACGACUUAAACAUAUUAUUGCGGUUAAUGUCUUGAAAUGGCGCUAGAUGGUGUCGCAGUUUUGCGAAACGUUUAGCGGUUGCGCUAGCCACUACUCCGUUUCAAGCAAAGGGCGCGGCUUUUGAAGCGGCUGGUUAAUUCGAGCAGGGCCGCGAUUUUGUAGCGAUGUCUUAUGACUUAUUUUGGAAUAGUCUUAUCAUCCACCGCUCACGGCCGGCUGAUCCCGUUGAUAACGCGAGCGGACCGUCGCUCUGACCACUGACAAAGCGCGAAAGAGCAUUAUUACUUUAAUGUCAUCGCUACAAAAUACCGGCCCAGGGCCGCGAUUUUGUAGCGAUGUCUUAUUUUGGAAUAGUCUUAUCAUCCACCGCUCACGGCCGGCUGAUCCCGUUGAUAACGCGAGCGGACCGUCGCUCUGACCACUGACAAAGCGCGAUAAGCGCGAAAAGGCACUAUUACUUUAAAGUCAUCGCUACAAAAUACCGGCCCUGUUGCGUGCGGAGAGCCGUUCUUCAUUCUAUGGGAGAGCCAUGGCGGAGAACGUCGCAGCGUGCGCACCUGUUAAGGGACCGCGUGUUUCCGAGGGCCAGCGGGAGACUGUGCUCUCGUUUAUGGAGCAGCAUCCCCAGCUGGCUUCAAGAUCCAGCGAGCUGGGGCCGGGUUUCACCGCUGGCGACCGGCGACGGCUGUGGCAGCAGCUGGCCGACGUUCUAAACGAGCAAGGGCCCGUGGUAAAAGCAGCGGACCAAUGGCAGGAGUGGUGGCGCAAACAGGUCUACGAGGCCCGCCGCGACGCCAUCGCAAUUGCCCAAGUGCAAAGAAGCACUGGAGGGGGCCGCGCACCCGGCUUCCACGGCCGAGUACUGAACUUGACGGGUAUGGUCCGCCUGCGUGGCGUCGCCGACCUCCCCUACCAAGAGCAGGCCGACGUUCCCACUGCUGCAAUGGAGGUCGUCGUCGAGGCUGCGGAUGUGAGGAGCACGGCGACACCGGCAGAGGAUCCACCACGCGGUGCAUCGGACUCAGAAAGGGUGGCCGCUGCACCUGUGUUGCAGCGUCCUGUACGGCCACCACGCCGACAGCGACCGCGACGGGUGGACACCCUCACAACCAUGUCGUCGCAGUGCGCCCGCAGCCUUGAACAGGGCGACGAGAUGCUCCAGGCGCUGCAGAGGAUUGAAGAACAAACCACCCGCAUCGCUGUCGCGGCAGAGAGGACGGCUGUCACGACAGAAAGGAUGGCUGUCGCGGCUGAGAGGACGGCAGCGGCGCAGGAGGGUAUCCUGGUGCAGGUGCGCUCUAUGGCAGGCGACAUAGCUGGGCACCUGCAACAACAAAGGAUGAAUUAA